UCAUCGUAUAACAUCCUCCGCCGAUUGCUGGUUGUACAACAUUGUGUGCUAGUAUGAAACGUUAACUAGUUACCAUUUUGUUCAUAAUUUAUAUAUUUUUAUUUGUCUCACAAUAGUUGUCAUUAUUUUUUUUCCAAAAAUUGCAAGAAUUUUGAAUAUCUUGAUUUAAUUGCAUAACAUUGUCAAUUGAUAAAUAUUGGUCUCGCCAUUUUUAUAUUAUAGUAUUUAAGUACUAAAUUAUAUGUAUACUUUUAAUCUAUUCAUGUUUUAUUUUUUUAUAAUAUGAAGUCGUUUUGUAAAAAUUCAAGUAUGAAAAUAUUUGGUAUUUUUACGUUACUUUUUGGUCUUGUACAUGGUAUAAAUGAUAUUUUGCAAUUAAGCCAAGGAAAGAUACAAGGGAGUAUUUUGAUUUCGAGAAGUGGAAGAAAAUUCAACGCAUUUCAGGGAAUACCGUAUGCCAAACCACCUAUUAGCGAUCUUAGAUUUGAGGAUCCAGUACCCGCAGAUCCAUGGGUAGGUAUUUUCAAUGCUACUAUUGAACCACAAGUGUGUAUUCAGAGGAAUUUAUUCUAUUAUCAAGAAGUCGAUAAUCUUGUCGGUGCGGAGGAUUGUCUAUAUCUCAACGUGUACACUCCAAAGAUACCAAAAAAUGGUGAUAAAGAGCUUCUUCCAGUUAUGGUUGCGAUAGCCGUAGGUGGUUAUUUUGCGGAUGGUGGAGGUUUAAGUUUGUACGGUCCUCAGUAUUUAUUAGAUAAGGAUAUAGUUCUAGUUACCAUGAAUUACAGACUUGGUAUACUCGGCUUUCUAAGUACUGAAGAUGAGGUUUUGCCGGGUAAUUAUGGCAUGAAAGAUCAAGUCUUAGCAUUGAAAUGGGUCAAAAAUAAUAUUGAAAAAUUUGGUGGGGACCCAAAAAUAGUAACAUUAUUUGGUCGAAGUGCUGGUGUCGGAUUGCAUAUGUUAUCACCUAUGAGUAAAGGACUGUUUCAUAAAGCAAUUAUAUCUAGUGGAACGCCAUUAAAUUUAUGGGGAGUAUCUCCACCAGGCUGGGCUAAACGGAGAGCUUCAGCUAUAUCCACUUUUGCUGGAUGUCCUAUGGAGCAAAAAAAAAUGGUUCAAUGUUUAAAACAAGUGCCUGUCGACGUAUUAGUGAAUUUAUACAAUAAUAUUUUUGAAUGGAGAAAUUAUCCAAUUAUUAAUUUCAUGCCUGUAGUUGAAAAUUGUAAUAAAAAAAAAGAAUCGUUUUUGUGUAAAUAUCCUUUGCUUGACUUUAAAGAAGAAUCUAAAGUUCCAGUAUUAAUGGGAAUGACUUCUGGAGAGGGUGGUAUUUUUGCUUCUCGAAUGUAUAAUGAAACUGAUCUUGUGUAUACAGAGUUCUUAGGCGAUUUUGAUCAUUACAUAUCGUCAUUGUUUCAUUAUAGAUAUACGACAAUGUAUACAGAUAUUUCAGUAAUUGGGGAUAAGAUAUUUGAACGAUACUUUCCUGACGGUACUUUUGAAGACCCAUUGAAUGCUGUUAAAAUGUUUUCAGGUGGAUUAAUUUUACAUGGUGUUUUCAAAAUGGCAGUUGAGCUGUCAUCACCAGUUUAUUAUUACAUAUAUGAUCAUUUGAAUUAUGUAUCAUUUAAUUCGUUUUAUGGACCAUAUCCAUUUCCGAAAAAACUAGGUGUAACGCAUGCUGAUGAUACCACUAGUCUAUUUUUAAGAGCAGGACUGGAAGAAUUACAAGGAGAGGACCUCAGUGUUUCAAUACUGAUGGUUGAUAUAUGGACAAAUUUUGCUACCAAAGACGUUCUCACUAUUGAUGGCACCAAUAAAGGAGAAAAAUGGCCAACAUUUAAUACCAAUAAAUAUGAAUUUGUUUUAAUCAAUUCUAGUCGUCCUAUAAUAUGUGAGAGACCGUACGUAGAAGAGUACGAAUUUUGGAAUGAUUUGCCACUAUUGUCUGGAUUGAAUUAUUGCAAAUGUAAACAGGGACUGACUGGGCCGCUGUGCUAUUGUACAUCUGCACAGCAGAAUAUGGAAAUAUUUCUUAUUUUUACGUUACUUUUCGGAUUUGUAUUUGGCGCAGAUGAAGUGAUACAAUUAGACCAAGGGAAGUUGAUUGGUGGUACUUUAAUAACAAGAAAUGGACGACAAUUCAAAGCGUUUCAGGGAAUACCUUAUGGUAAAUCACCAACUGGUGAUCUUAGGUUUAAGGACCCAGUACCAGCAGAACCGUGGAUAGGCGUAUUAAAUGCUACUACUGAGCCACAAGUAUGUAUCCAGAGGAAUUUGUUUUAUUAUCAACAAGUGGACGUUCUAGUCGGUUCAGAGGACUGUCUAUAUUUGAAUGUGUAUACUCCAAAAAUUCCAAAAAAGGGUGAUAGAGAAUUGCUUCCAGUUAUGGUUUGGAUUGCUGGUGGUGGUUAUUUUGCGGGUUCAGGAGGUAUAAGUUUAUACGGUCCUCAAUAUUUGUUAGACAAGGAUAUACUUCUAGUUACUAUGAAUUACAGACUUGGAAUUCUAGGGUUUUUAAGUACUGAGGACGAUGAUUUGCCUGGUAAUUAUGGUAUGAAAGACCAAGUCUUAUCUCUAAAAUGGGUACAAAAAAAUAUCGAGAAAUUUGGCGGAGACCCAACAAAAGUUACAAUAUUUGGACAAAGUGCUGGAAGUGCUUCUGUUGGUUUACAUUUGUUAUCUCCAAUGAGCAAAGGGCUGUUUCACAAAGCAAUCAUGGAAAGUGCAUCACCAUUAAAUCUUUGGGGUGUAACUCCGCCGGGAUAUGCUAAACGAAGAGCUUCAGCUGUUUCCACUAUUACUGGAUGCCCUAAAGAGCCAAAACAAAUGAUUAAAUGUUUGAAAGAAGUACCUGCAAAAGUGUUGGUGAACAUUUAUAACAACUUUUUUGAAUGGAGAAAUUAUCCAAUUAUUAAUUUCAUGCCUGUUGCUGAAAAUUGUAAUAUACUAAAAAAAUCGUUUUUAUGCAAAUAUCCUUUGAUUGACUUUAAUCAAAUAUCAAAAGUUCCAGUUAUAAUUGGAAUGAACACUGGCGAGGGUGGUAUUUUUGCUUCUCGAAUGUAUAAUGCAACUGAUCUUGUGUAUACUGAGUUGAAAGAAGAUUUCGAUCAUUAUGUAUCUUCAUUUUUACAGUAUAGAUAUACUACUAAGUAUUCAGAUAUUCCAGUAAUUGGUGACAAAAUAUUUGACCGAUAUUUUCCUGAUGGAACUUUGAAUAAUCCUUUGGAUGCUGUUAAGAUGAUUUCAGGUGGACUAAUUUUACAAGGUGUUUUCAAAAUGGCAGUUCAGCUGACAUCACCAGUUUAUUAUUAUAUAUAUGAUCAUCUGAAUUAUGUUUCAUUUAAUUCAGUGUAUGGACCUUACCCAUUUCCAAAAAAAUUAGGAGUAACGCACGCUGAUGAAAUAACCAGUCUGUUUUAUACAACCGAACGUGGAGAUUUGCAAGGUGAAGACCUCAAUGUAUCAAAUCUUAUGGUGAACAUUUGGACAAAUUUCGCCAGCACCGACGUUGUUACAAUUGAUGGUACACAAAAAGGAGAAAAAUGGCCCACAUUUGAUACCAAAAAAUACGAAUUUGUUUUGAUAAAUACAAGUAUUCCUGUAAUUAAAGAAAGGCCAUAUGUUGAUGAAUAUGAAUUUUGGAAUAGCUUGCCACUUUUAUCUGGAUUGAAUGGGUCUCAAGGAUCAGCUAAAACUGUAUUUUAAUUUUUAAGUUCAUAAAUUAAACAUAUUUGUAUUUAGAUAGUUUGGGUAUUAGACUUUUUAGUAUAAAAAAUUAAUUUAUAA